CAAAAAAACGGCAGCAAGUUGUUAAAAAACACAUACAAUUUAAUUAUUUUCUUAACAUAAUAAAUAACGGACAACAGGUCCCAUGCGCAGCGAUAAAUCUGCUGUCGCACCCCCCUUUCUUCUUCCUCUCCUGUUUUCCUUAAAGUCAAUUGACCCAUAGAGACGCAAACCCAUCGAGAUGAAGUCGUUCUUGUCUUUUGUCCUCCUUCUCUUUGUGGCCCUCGUCCAGGCGAUUAGCUCUAGCGGGAAUAGGUUGCUGGUCAUCCUCGAGGAUGUCGCCGAGAAGGAGGGCUACUCUAAAUUCCUAGGUGACCUGGAGGGUCGAGGAUUUCAGAUCAACUACGAAACCCCAAAGAGUGAAGGUCUAAGCUUGUUCCACCUAGGCGAGAGAUCUUAUGACCAUAUUCUGUUUCUUCCAACCAAGUCAAAAGGACUCGGUCCAAACUUAACACCUAAGAUCCUCCUCGAUUUCAUUAACGCCAAUGGCAACGUCCUCCUUGCCCUCUCGGCUUCGCAACCAGCUCCGACAUCCAUCGUCUCUCUACUCCUCGAAUUAGACAUCCACCUACCCUCCGAUCGACAGGGUCUCGUAGUCGACCACUUCAACUACGACGUCCUAUCUGCUGCGGAGAAACAUGACGUGCUCGUGCUACCGACCCCGGGAGUUCUUCGCCCGGAUAUCAAGGAUUUCUUCAGCCCGGCCUCCGACGACGGUGGGGUUAUCGCCUUCCCAAGAGGCACCGGCCAGACCCUUGGUUCGGGUGCCCUCCUCACGCCGAUCCUCCGCGCUCCCUUCACAUCUUACAGCUACCACCCGGAGGAGCAGGCCGAAGUCGUCGACGAGCUCUUCGCAAGCGGCUCCCAGCUCAGCCUUGUGAGUAGCUUCCAGGCACGCAACUCCGCUCGCUUGACCGUCGUCGGUUCUGCCGAGAUGCUAAGCGACAAGUGGUUCGACGCCAAGGUGAAGAAGGUCGGCGAGAAGAAGGAAGCCAGCACCGUCAACCGCGAAUUCGCCAAGCGAGUAGCGGGAUGGACCUUUAAGGAGAUUGGCGUCCUGAGAGUGAACUGGAUCGAGCACCACCUGAACGAGGUUGGCCAGAGCAACGCCAGCAACCCCAAGAUCUAUCGCAUCAAGAACGACGUGACUUAUUCUAUUUCCCUCUCUGAGUACUCCUGGGACAAGUACAUCCCCUUUACUGUCCCGGACAACGACGAGCUGCAGCUCGAAUUCAGCAUGUUAUCCCCGUUCCACCGUCUCCAGCUGAACCCCACCAUCUCGUCCGAGGACAGCACGACGUACUCGGUAUCCUUCAAGCUGCCGGACCAGCACGGCAUCUUCAACUUCAAGGUCAACUACAAGCGCCCCUUCUACAGCAACGUCGAGGAGAAGAACACGGUCUCGGUCCGGCACUUCGCCCACGACGAGUGGCCCCGCAGCUACGUCAUCAGCGGCGCGUGGCCUUGGAUCGCGGGCAUCGUCGCCACCGUCACCGGGUGGCUGGGCUUCUGCGCCCUCUGGCUGUACAGCAAGCCUACUACGACUACGACCGCCUCGGAUAGCAAGAAGAAGCAGUAAGCGGAUGUGAUUAACGACGGCGACGGAUGUACCUAGGUGUCUUAAAUAUAUAGGCACUAACUAAGACAGAUAUGAAUGAAAAGCAAUUGACGUAAUUACGUUGGUACCGGGCUCUGUAACUGAUUAUGUACUCGUAGGAAUGAGUGGUAUGAUACGAUACGGCAUUUAGUGUUCGUUCCAAGCCGUAUUUUAUUCCCUCGAGGGCUUAGACGAGCUAUGAGACAAAGUUGAUAGGGGACGGUGUAUGGCCAUGACACGAUAAAAGUGGUUCUUAUAUGGUUACUCCUCUUCUACGGAGAGAGAAUGGUUAGAUCUAGCUAGUAAUAAGAGCUGCUAGCGAUGGACGGAUAAUACUGGGUCAAUUUUUUUGGAUUUUUUUGGGCUACAACUACCUAGGUACUACCUACCGAGAAUCAUGUUGAGUACCUGAGAAUAGCAUUGAGUCGAUUCUUUUGUAGAUUGCCAGCUUGAUGUUAGCUAUGCCAGGCCAAGUGUUAGAUGAUUAGAAGCCUCCAAGCGAAUGUCUAGUAGGCUCAUGGCUCCAGGUUAAAGGACAAAAACGGGGCGAUAAUCAGAGAUGAUCAUAGAAACCUGCCAGAAAUAUUCUCCGGUGUAAACUUCAGUAGAGGUGUUUGCUAUUUCAUCUUAUAAACCCAGGCAGAUGUCGAGCUAGCGGGGAAAUAGGGUCUGCUCUGUUCGGAUAACCU